AUGGCUCAUUCAAACAAAGGAAUAUCCAUAUGUCAACAUAAAUACUGUCUGGAUUUGAUCAAAGAAUUUGGUCUCAUGGGGUGUAAACCCUCUUCCACUCCAAUGGACGAUUCCAUGCAUCUUCAUCAAGACUCUAGUGAACCUUUGAAUGAUCCUUUGUCAUAUAGACGCUUAGUGGGUCGCCUUAUCUAUUUAACAAGCACAAGGCCUGAUAUAGUUUUUGCUACCCAGCAGCUUAGUCAAUUUAUGUUAGCACCAACUCAAACUCAUCUUCAAUCUGCCUUAAGAGUGAUCCAUUAUCUCAAGGGGUAUCCUGGAAAAGCCAAGAAGCAAUCUACUAUUUCUCGGUCUUCGACAGAAGCAGAAUACAGAGCCCUUGCCUUUGCAACCUGUGAGUUCCAAUGGCUUUCUUUCCUACUUGCAGAUUUGAGAAUUCCUUUUACCAAGUGCCCCGUUCUUUACUGUGACAGCCAAAGUGCCUUGUACAUUGUCGCCAACCCAGUUUUUCACGAAAGAACAAAGCUUUUGGAGAUUGAUUGCCAUGUUGUCCGUGAAAAAUUGCUUACUGGUCUCAUGCAUCUUCUACCAGUUUCUUCAUCACAUCAACUAGCAGAUAUCUUCACUAAGGCGCUUUCUCCACGACUAUUUCACUUAAAUUUAUCCAAGUUGGAGCUUCUUGACAUUUUCAAGCCUCCAACUUGUGAGGGGCUAAACGAAGAAGAACCAAAAGCAUCAAGAAUAGUCAAAACAACAACUUCAGCCCAAUUCUAUAACAAUACAUAA